UUCUGUCAAAUUUAUAUAGUACAGGGUAGGAAACAUGAGGGGGUUGCUGUCAAGCAUAAAAGCAUUUGGAUGAUGCUUGUAAUUCUGCAAAUACUUUAGAGAAGCAUUUGUAAUUCACCUCACCUCUAUUACUAAAUAGUGGUUUUUAUCAGCACUCUGUAAGUUUUUAGCCUUAAAGUUGCUACCAUGCUGUCCCAAGUCUUUUCCCAUUCCCUAGCCAACUAGAAACUCUCCAAAUUGAGUAGAUGUUGAUGUUUCUAUCAUGGAUGGUGAUUCUGAGAGGCUGACUAGACACCUAUUCAACUUGGGGGCUAGACUGGUUCAGGUCAAAGAAAAAAUAAAGAAAAAACCUGGUCUUUAAUCUAUUGACAUUUUUUUGAUUUUUCUUCGAAAUUUCAGAAGAAAAUAUGUUAAACUUGGGAUGUUGAAAAGAAUAAUGCAAUGGCAUUUACAAAAAAGUUGCUAUUUCCAUCUCCCAAAUUUUCCCCGUAAACAGUUAACAGUUGGGACCAUAAUUUUUAUCUCUGGAUACUGCUCAAACCGUGGAUGUAAAUCAAUAAAUUUUUACUCUUUAAUCAAUCAGCUAGCUAAAUUAAAAUACAAGUAUAAUGAUCAAGACAAUUGAAUUCAUGUAUGGACUUUGAAUAGUUGAAAGUCGACCUGUCACACAUCGUGCACAAGUAAGGAAAAUAAUUAUUUUUUUACGUUUCUUCUACUUAGCUUCUAGACUCUCAUAUCUUCCUUGCAAUCAUCAGCUACAGUUCGUUAGAUUGCCAUAUCGUGAGAGAAAAUUCUGACCCUUGACAAAAUGAAAGAAUCAAACCCUAGAGAACAAUUGGCCUCCGUCGAAAUGCUGGAAGGUGAACUUGAGAUAGUGAUGUUCCUAAAAACAAAGGAUGCUUCCUCUAGAGAGCCUUGUUAAAUAUAUAGAUUUGCUUACCGUAAUCUUAGUAAGCAGCUGACUGUCUGACACAAACCUUGUCUUGAAUAGUAGACGAUAACGCAUGCAAGGUUUGAUGACUGUUUACCAAGAAGAGAGUUUGAAAGGAAGAGUCUGAGCCAUGAACGUGUGUUUUGCUUCAUUUGCGAACUCUAAUCGCCUUAAUCAUGCAAACAAGAUGCAUGACUGGCACAAACCUUGUCUUGAAUAGUUGACAAUAAUACAUACAAAUUUUUAAGACUGUUUACCAAGAACAAGAUUGAAAAGGUAAACUCGAAGCCAUGAACGUGCCCUGAAAUUUAAUUUGUUGACCAAUCAAUGAUCAUUAAUUAGACGGUAUUAAGACUUAACUGAAUAUUAACUGAAUUGAAUUUGGGUUACGUAGGGUAAGAUUUUUGUUUGGUUCCAAUAAACAAUCUAUCUUUAAGUAAAAGCUGUUCUUUUGGCUGUAAUAGCAAAUGUGAUGCCAAUGUAGUUACAAGCUUGAGUAUUCUAUGGUCAUUAACUACAUUUAUUUUGAUUCAGUCAAGGUAAACGAUGAUGAAACGUUGUAUCUUUAUAGAGCUGUGCCCUUAUAAGUAAGAGUCCUUUCCUUUCUAGAUCAAUCCACGUUGUAUCUUAGUUUUCUCAUGCUCCUGUUCUUUCCCUGUGUUCAUCUACUCUAGUCAUUUUGCUUUUGACUAGUCUGUUGGUUUUCUCAUGCUACAUAUUUUCCAUUUGAUCCUUGUUGUCCUCCCUUUUUAUCUAAAAAAUAUAAGAAAAAGCUAAAACUGUCUUCUAGGCACACAACAAGAUGAGAAAAAACCUUUCAAAUCCUGUUCCAUCUUUCUUUUUCUUUCUUUCUUUGAAGUUUUUCUUCGUAGCCAUGGGGGUGGCCCAAGACACAACAUCUAUCCCUGUGAAUGUUGGUGUCGUUCUUGACUUGGAUGAUGUUUUGUAUGGAAAUAUCGGGUUGAGUUGCAUCAACAUGGCCCUUUCAGACUUCUAUGCCAGUCACAGUGACUACAAAACCAGACUGGUCCUCACCACCAUAGACUCCAAGAGAGAUGUUGUUGGUGCAGCUGCAGCAGCCCUGGAUUUGAUAAAAAAUGUGGAAGUGCAAGCAAUCAUAGGGCCAACUUCAUCAAUGCAAGCCAAAUUUGUUAUUGAACUUGGAGAAAAAGCUCAGGUGCCCAUCAUAUCAUUUUCGGCAUCAAGUCCAUCUCUUACUUCAAUCAGGAGUCCAUAUUUUUUCCGAGCUACACAAAAUGACUCGACUCAAGUGAAUGCCAUAACUGCAUUAGUUCAAGCCUUUGGAUGGAGAGCAGCAGUGCCCAUCUACAUUGACAACGAGUAUGGAGAGGGAAUCAUUCCUUAUUUGACUGAGGCCUUGCAAGCAGUUGAUGCUCGUGUCCCUUAUCAGAGUGUCAUUUCUCCAUCAGCCACUGACGAUCAAAUUGUCAAGGAGCUUUACAAGUUGAUGACAAUGCAGACUAGAGUUUUCAUUGUGCACAUGUAUCAAUCUCUUGGCACUCGGCUUUUUGCCAAAGCGAAAGAGAUUGGAAUGAUGAGUGAAGGAUAUGUUUGGAUCAUGACUGAUGGUCUGACUGCUGAUUUAUUGAGUACACCUAAUUACUCUGUCACCGAUACAAUGCAAGGGGUACUGGGUAUUAAACCUCAUGUUCCAAGGACAAAAGAGCUCAAAGAUUUUCGAGUUCGGUGGAAAAGGAAAUUCCAACAAGAUAAUCCUGACAUCAUUGAUGCUGAGUUGAACAUAUAUGGACUAUGGGCCUAUGAUGCUGCAACGGCAUUGGCCUUUGCAGUUGAGAAAAUGGAAAAUUUUGGCUUCCAAAAGGUAAAUGUUUCUAGCAAUUCAUCAACAGAUCUUGCCACUAUUGGAGUCUCUUUAAAUGGUCCAAACCUUCUUCAAGCUUUAUCAAACACUAGCUUCAAAGGCCUUUCGGGAGAUUACCUUUUUGUUGAUGGGAAGUUACAAGCAUCAGCCUUCCGGAUAGUUAAUGUGAAUGGCAAUGGAGGAAGAACGGUUGGAUUCUGGACACCAACGAAAAGACUUGUGCAAACAUUGAAUUCAACAACAACUAAAAGUAUGAAUUCGUCUUCUGUGUCUGAUAUUUCAACUGUAAUAUGGCCUGGUGAUAACACUGCUGCUCCCAAGGGUUGGGAGAUUCCAUCAAACGGGAAGAAGUUGAAAAUUGGAGUGCCAGUAAAGGAUGGCUUCAGUCAGUUUGUGUCAGUGACAAGAGAUCCCAUCUCUAACACCACAACAGUCAAGGGAUACAGCAUAGAUGUUUUUGAAGCUGUAGUGGGAUCAUUGCCUUACGCUCUGCCUUAUGAGUACAUCCCCUUUGCAAAUCCUGAUGGAGGAACUGCUGGAAAUUAUGAUAGUCUGGUCUAUCAAGUGUACUUGCAGAAAUAUGAUGCUGUGGUGGGAGAUACAACCAUCGUCUUCAACAGGUCCUUGUAUGUUGAUUUUACCUUGCCUUACACGGAAAGUGGUGUCUCCAUGAUCGUUCCUAUCAUAGAAAACAAUAACAAAAAUGCAUGGGUUUUCUUGAGGCCUUUGACAUGGGACCUUUGGGUCACAAGUUUUUGUUUUUUCAUUUUCAUUGGAUUUGUGGUCUGGGUUCUUGAACACAGAAUAAAUGAAGAUUUUCGAGGCCCUCCUUCACAUCACAUUGGCACUAGCUUUUGGUUUUCCUUCUCAACCAUGAUUUUCGCUCAACGGGAGAGAGUGGUUAACAACCUGUCUAGAGUAGUGCUUAUCAUAUGGUGUUUCGUUGUGCUGAUCUUAACACAAAGUUAUACUGCCAGUUUAACAAGCCUACUCACAGUCCAGCGGCUACAGCCUAAAGUUACUGAUGUAAAUGAGCUCAUUAAGAAGGGGGAGUAUGUUGGCUACCAGGAAGGUUCUUUUGUUCCCGGAAUCUUGUUAGAGUUGGGUUUUGACAAGUCAAAGCUCGUGAUGUAUAAUUCAGCUGAAAAAUGUGAUGAACUUUUCUCCAAAGGAAGUGGAAAUGGUGGUAUUGCAGCUGCUUUUGAUGAAGCACCAUAUAUGAAGCUCUUUCUGUCGAAGUAUUGCUCCAAAUAUACCAUGAUUGAUCCCACAUUUAAAAUGGCUGGUUUUGCCUUUGUCUUCCCUAAAGGUUCUCCUCUAGUACCUGAUGUAUCAAGGGCAAUUCUAAAUGUGACUGAAGAAGAUAAAAUGAAGCAAAUCGCGGAUGCAUGGUUUGGAAAACAAAGCAGUUGUCCAGAUUCCAGCACCUUAAUUUCAUCAAAUAGCCUUAGCCUCAAGAGUUUCGGGGGAUUAUUUUUAAUUGCUGGAAUAGCUUCACUUUCAGCUCUCUUAAUCUUCAUAGUCAAGUUUGUUUACCAGGAAAGGAGAGUCUUGAGUCCUGAUGAUCCCAGAGCUUCAAUGUGGCGCAGAAUACAAAAUUUGUUCAUAAUUUUCAAUGAAAGGGACCUAACAGCUCAUGCAUUCAGAAAAAAUGAAGUGAAUGACAGAAGUGGUAUUAAUCUGCCUUAUGUGGGCGAGCCAAGUCCAUUAGCCAAUUCAGUCCACACAGAAUUUCCUGGAGAUCCACCCUCUUCAGAGUAUGAUUCAACUCCCAAUAGGCAAGAAUCUCAAGAGUUCGUAAUAGAUAUCGAUCAGCUUAACAACCCAUUUGAAGAGAGGCGAGCAGCUUUUGACAUAGCCUGUAGAUUACAAAAUUGAUUGCUUAAAACUUGUGACACGAGUAGGUAUAGUGCUUGCAGCAUUGAAAAGUAAUUGUACUUAGGGUACAUACUAGAGUG